AUUUGUUGAGACGCGAGUUCACUUUUCCGUUAACAAGUCACGUAUUAAACGUCUGUAUCUGAGAAAUAAUUAUAAACUUUUUCCUCGAUCCAGCAGUACGUACGCUAAGCGACCGAAUGAAACGAGAAAAGUGCACUGAUUGAACGUUUGAUUUUCCGGAACGUCAUCGGGAUCAUUGUUUUGCCGUCUCUAAUAAAUCAUGGCUGAUGAAGACGUGAACGGUGAUUCGGACGAGAUCCAGCAAGGAAAAUCACAAAAGAGGACGGCAAAGUAUGACAGUGGAGCUGCAGAUUUGGAAAAAGUUACAGACUAUGCCGAGGAAAGGGAAAUAUCAUCCUCCGAAGGUUUUACGAGUGCAAUGAGCAUUAUUGGAGAUCGACGUAAUAAAGAAGUGGCAGAAAAGAAAGCUAAAGAGAAGGAACUUUUAAAAAUUUCCAUUAAUAAGGAAGAUGUUGACUUAAUUAUGAAGGAAAUGGAAAUCAAUAGGAAUUUAGCCGAACAAACAUUAAGAGAGCACAGGGGAAAUGUUGUGGAAGCGCUAAUCACAUUAACGAGCUGAAAAUUUCUAAUUAAUAUAUUUUUUAUCAAUAUGUAUAAGUGACACGAAAUAGUUAUUGUGGCAAACAUGUAAAGUUGAGAUUUCAAUUAUUUAUUAUCAUAAAAAAGAUCCAAAGAGAAAUAAAA